AUGGCUUCAAAGAACACUAUAGCUCUUUUCCUCACCAUCAACCUCGUCCUAUUUGGCUUCACCGUGUCCCAAACUCCGACAUGUCCCAGGGACAUCGAAGCUUGUAGCGACAUAUUUGGCCUCGGCUCAAUUAUCAACUCUCAAACAGUGAGGCCAUGCUGCGAUCUCGUGGCUGGGCUUGACGCUACUGUGGCAUCUGUAUGCAUCUGCGAUGCCACUAAACUCGUAGGCCUCAGUUAUUCGUUUACUGUGGGACUUGCAAAAGAUUCUUUCCCUUUGCCAGGCCGUCUAUCCACCACGUGGUUUCAGAUGUGA